AUGACCGGCUUCAUGCUAAAGCUCCGCGACGAUGAGCGUGCCGUCACUUGUACCCACCUCGUGAACUACCUCAAGCGCAACUACCGCGAAUGGCUUGCCGAGUACCUCCAGGACAAGCGCUGUGGAUACAAGACCCACCUGCGCCUGCUCCAAACGUUUUGCGCUAGGCAUGGCUUUACGCGUCAACGCCUGACAAAGUCGAAGAAGCGGUAA